AUGGAGGAGUGGAUGGCGGAGGAAGAGGGAAGGAUGGAGCUGAAUGAGGAGGAGGAAGAUGAGUAUUAUUUAUGGUUACGGGAGCAGGAAGAGGAAGAAGGGAAGGAGGAGGCUACGAGCGAGGAGGAAUCCAUUGAAGGAGGAGAGGAGGAGCUCAAAGAUGUAGGAGGAGAGGAGGAGGCAUGGGGAUAUAACUUUGGGAGCCCAACGACGGAUGAGGUAGGAGCUUGGGCUAGUGGAGGCACAAGGAUUGACUGGGAUAAGGCUUAUGAUGAGAUGGUGGAGGAGUAUGUGGGACAAGAGGACGAGGUCGAAUGGGAGAUGGACUCCAUGGGGGACGGGGAGGAGUAUUUAGACCAAGAUUGCGAGGAUGGGGAGCUGAUUUAUGAUAGGAGGAAGCCGAUAAGUACGGACCAUCUCUUUGAAUUACGUUAG